AUUGGCGAGAUCUUUGCUGCGUUAUUGACACAACACUUUCUAUUGAUAGAAAUAAGUAGUGAUUGUCCCCGAGUCAUUGGUACGCCAAGUAAACUGCGAUGGGCUGGCAUGAGUCCAUUGGGCUGGGAAGGCUGGUUCGGCUGGUGAUGCUGGGGGGGAGGAGGAGGAUGGUGGUGGUGUUGAUGGUGAUCGUCUUCCAAUCUGCAGAUCAGUGACAAGACGGAAAAAAGAGGCGUCUACGAUAGCAGCUUGGACCCGGCUCAUACAUGCAAGGCAGACAUGGAUUGUAGUUCCCAUCACCCGACCACAAAAAUCUUAGCGACUCCUCCGUCCAGAGAGAGCCUGCCGGCUAGAGGCAACAUGAUCAGCGCUUCCAAACCCCUCGCCUUUUCCAUUGAACGAAUAAUGGCCAGGACUCCAGAACCCAAGUCUAUGCCCGUCCCCCAUUUCCUACAGGGAUCUGUACCCAAAGGAGACCCCAAGCACUCCUUGCACCUCAACUCAUCGAUCCCGUGCAUGAUUCCCUUCGUGCCGGUGACCUACGAUACCAGCCCCAAAGCAGGGAUGACAGGGUCGGAACCAAGAAAAACUAACCUGGACUCCUCCACUUCUUCACCGGCGUCCUCGUCCUUUAGCUGCAGUGAUCUGUUGAACUGUGCGUUGAGUCUGAAGGGAGACUUUGCCCGCGACGCUUUGCCUCUACAGCAGUAUAAAUUGGUCCGACCUCGAGUGGUCAACCACUCCUCCUUCCAUGCCAUGGGGGCUCUGUGCUAUUUCAACCGGGGCGAUGGUCCCUGUCACCCGUCGGCCAGUGUCAACAUCCACCCAGUGGCCUCCUAUUUCCUCAGUUCCCCUUUACACCCACAACCCAAGACGUAUUUAGCAGAGAGAAACAAACUAGUCGUCCCGACUGUGGAAAAAUACCCUUCGGGAGUGGCUUUCAAAGACUUGUCCCAGGCUCAGCUGCAACACUACAUGAAAGAAAGUGCCCAGAUCCUCUCGGAAAAAAUUGCUUUCAAAACCUCAGAAUUCAGCCGAGGCUCUCCCAACAGCAAACCCAAAGUUUUCACUUGCGAAGUGUGUGGAAAGGUAUUUAAUGCGCAUUAUAACUUAACCCGUCAUAUGCCGGUGCACACAGGAGCCAGACCCUUUGUCUGUAAAGUUUGUGGAAAGGGCUUCAGACAAGCGAGUACACUCUGUCGACACAAGAUCAUUCACACCCAGGAAAAACCUCACAAAUGUAACCAAUGUGGCAAAGCAUUUAACCGAAGUUCCACUUUAAAUACUCACACUCGGAUACACGCUGGCUACAAACCUUUUGUUUGUGAAUUCUGUGGCAAAGGAUUUCACCAAAAAGGAAAUUACAAAAACCACAAGCUGACUCACAGCGGGGAGAAGCAGUUCAAAUGCAAUAUCUGCAACAAGGCUUUCCACCAGGUCUACAACCUGACUUUCCACAUGCACACCCAUAACGACAAGAAACCCUUCACUUGUCCCACCUGCGGCAAAGGCUUCUGUAGGAACUUUGACCUCAAGAAACACGUCCGUAAGUUGCACGAUAGCGCUCUGGGGCUGCCCCGGGCCCCGUCUGAGGCUGGCGCUGACCCAUCGCCCCCGAUGCAGCCGCAACCUCCGAUACCCCCGCCGCCGCCUCCCGGGUCAUUGCAGCCUCCUCUUCAUCAGGGCCACCAGUGAGAGAGAGCUGACCCGAGACCUCUGCCAGGUCCGUAGGUCCCGCUGCUCCUUCGACCAUGCGUUGUGGUGGGAAACUGAGCGCUGCUGCGGCCUGUCACCUGGGAGCAGACAGUAUCCAUCCUGCCUCCUCAUCUUGGGGGAAGACUACCAGAAGGCUCUGCCGCCAUCGCCCCUUGGCCUCUUUGCAUGCACCUGCUAAACGGUUUUGUGUAUUAUACUUGAUAUAGCCACUAACAGUCAUGAAAGUUUUUUUAAUUAUUUUUUUUCUGUUGUUAAUUUUUUCUCGAAAACAAGAUAAGACUUUUUUUCAUCUCGGGUGGAGAGAUGGUGUUUUCGUUUUGUUUUUUAAAAAAGCAAAAUUCUGCUGUAUUUAUUGGGAUCUGUAUUAUCCUAUCUGGGAAUGCUGCAUCACUUUAAUUUUAUUAUUGUAUAUAUUUCCAUUGUGUUGAUUCUGCCAUCUCAAGAUGCCUGCUGAUCGCUUGAUCUCUUCUUUCCCUUGAGUAUCACAGUACAGUAUAUUUGCAUGUAUGUGUGUGUAUAGAUGCAUACACAAUAUGUAUACACAAAAUACAUUGUGUGUAUAUGUAUACAAACAGUCCCCUGCAUCAUGUGUAUAUGUAAAUAUACAUACACAUAUAUGCAUUCCAACAUUAAUGUGUUUACAAAUUAAUGUAUGCACAUACAUAUAUGCACAGGUGUGAGUACAUAAAGACAUAAAUACAUAAUCUAAAAAUACACCACACAAGCACACAAAUACGCCUAUAUAUACUGGAUCGGGCUGGUUCUUUAUGUAUGGAUUUGAAUUUCAAUUUUGAAUCUUGCACGUGAAAACUGAUUCGUUGACUGGUGAAAAUAAAUACUUGGAACAUGCUAAG